AUGAUCGCUCGACUAUCGCCUACCUCGCUAGCCUGGCUGCUGUUCAGCGCCUCAGCACAAGCGUCUUACGUUAUUGAAGGUCUCUCCUUCGGCCACAAGGGCGCCAUCUCGCCAAAUGGUCGCGCCGUACCUGGUUGGCAUCUCUCCGGAGAGAACCACACUCCUCAACUACUCUCCGAUCGCAUAAUUCUCACUCCUCCCGCACCUGGCGGUACACGAGGCGCCAUCUUCGCCGAUAACCCUAUAACCCAGCCCGAGUGGGUCGUCGAGACCGAGUUCCGUGCUUCGGGUCAAGAGCGUGGCAGUGGUAACAUCAACUUCUGGUUUGUCGAUACUGGCCGUUCCGCUGUCGGCCAGAGCAGUAUAUACACCGUUGGCAAGUUUGAUGGUCUUGCCCUCGUUGUCGACCAGUAUGGUUCCCGUGGAGGUUCUAUCCGUGGUUUCUUGAACGACGGCUCGGCCAACUUCAAGGACCAUCACAACGUUGACAGUUUGGCUUUCGGCCACUGUGACUAUGCAUACCGCAACCUGGGCCGUCCUAGCAAGUUGCGUAUCGAGAAUGGUCCUCACGGCCUGCGUGUCGACAUCGAUGGCACUUCCUGCUUCCACAGUGAAAAGAUCAACCUUCCUCCUGGUUAUUUCUUUGGUGUUUCUGCUGCUGCCUCUGAGAACCCCGACUCCUUCGAAGUCUACAAGUUUGCCGCAUCCACCACAAACUCCAUCACCCGUGAGGAGCCCAACUCUGAGGCGAGACGUCAGCACCUCGAGAAACUCGACAAAUUCCCUGGUUCUCCUGAAGUUCUUCCCGACGCUGAUGCCAGCACUAUUCUGGACCAGACACACCAAUUUGCUGAUCUUCACAACCGCCUGCAAGCAAUGAAUCAUCAGUUCACAAACAUGUUCACCGAGUUUGAGCGCCUGUCUCGUCAGCUGAACGAUCGUCAUGCUGAGUUGAUGGCUAAGGUUGGCGGUCCCAAUGCUGGCGAUUCCAGUGACAACCGUCGCAUUGAGAACGUCGAGCGUAUUGUGCUCGCCAUUCAGCGCGAUGUUGAGGGCAAGGACUACCGUGAGCACUUGACAAAUCUGCAGCAGUCCAUCGAGGGUGUUCGUGGGGGCCUGACAGAGCACCUCCCCGAGACCAUCUCUCACAUGAUCUCGACCGCAGCUCCCAAGAUGGGCAUGUUCAUCUUUGUCGUCAUUGCCUUCCAAGUCAUGCUCGCCGGCGCCUACAUCAUCUACAAGAGACGCAGAGCAAAUGCCCCCAAGAAGUAUCUGUGA